GGAGCCGGGCUCCGCGACAUGGUCGAUCUCGCGAGAAAACCUGUCGUUGCCUGGGUAACCGCGUCGCUGUCCCAAAAGAUGGCGGGUCGAAGUUUGGGUUUUAGGGGACGCAGCGUCCCGGGAACCCCACUCCCGUCGCUGGAUCUUCUCGCCCAGGAGCAGGAGUAUAAGCGUUUAAAUGCAGAAUUGGAAGCAAAAACAGCUGAUCUUGUUCGGCAAGCUGAGGAAGCAAUAAGAGAUCAGCAGGAGGUACAAUCUAGGCCUUUUUCAACACAAAAUAAAUCAUAUGGAGCAGAAGAUUCUGGUAGCAUAAGAGAUCCAUUAUCAUAUGAAGGGAUAGUUCAUCUACAUUCAGAAACUAAGCUGAAGAACAAAAACACUGGUCCUAUAAACAAAGUUCAAAAUAAGCUACAGUCUGCAAAUAAAGGGAGGAAAGCAAAUUCAAGUGUUAAAUUAAAAUACUGCAAUGUACAAACUGCCAGUGAUGUCGCCAUUCCAGAGGAUUUUUCAGACUUUUCUCUUGCAAAGACAAUUAGCAAAAUUGAAGGGCAGCUGGAGGAAGAAGGCUUACCUGAACAUACAGAUGAUGAGAUUUUCUCUGGUGUUAGUAAAGAUAUUGGAACAAAGGCACAGAUCAGAUUUCUAAAGGCCAAACUCCAUGUUAUGCGGGAGGAGCUGGAUAAUGUUGUAUGUGAAUGCAAUAAAAAGGAGGAUGAUAUUCAGGAUUUAAAGUCUCAAGUAAAAAACUUUGAAGAAGAUGGUGCAAGGCAGCAGCGAACAAUUAAUAUACAACAGUCCCAAAUCGAAAAAUACAAAAAUCUUUUUGAAGACGCAAACAAAAAAUGUGAUGGAUUACAACAACAAUUAUCUUCAGUAGAAAGGGAAUUGGAAAAUAAAGAACGACUACAAAAACAGGCGGCCACCAGUCGAAGUGCUACAGAAGUUCGCUUGAAUAGAGCCCUAGAAGAAGUAGAAAAGUAUAAACUGGAAUUAAGUAAAUUAAAGCAAAAUAAUAAGGAUAUAGCAAAUGAAGAACACAAAAAAAUUGAAGUGUUAAAAUCAGAAAACAAGAAGCUAGAAAAACAAAAAGAAGAAUUAAUGAUAGGUUUUAAGAAACAGUUAAAAUUAAUUGAUGUUUUAAAAAGGCAGAAGAUGCAUAUUGAAGCUGCCAAGAUGCUAUCUUUCACUGAAGAAGAAUUUAUGAAGGCACUUGAAUGGGGAAAUUCAUAAAUGAUCUAUGAUUGUGUGUGAUGGAUAUCCAUUUAAUUUAAUUGCAAUGGUUUGAAUUAUUUUUACUUUUCAUAAGUAAUGAAAAUAUUUAUGAAAUCAAAAUUUCAAAGAAUUCCUUGUUUAGAUAUGGGGAUAAAACAAAAUGUAUUCUUAUAUGUAGUUAUUAUGAUAUAUUUUAUAAAGUAGCAAAAAUUUAACUUUUGAAUCUAUGUUUCUUACGACCUUGUAACCUUUUAUGACUUUUUUACAACUGAACUAAAAUAUAGAUUCUGGGAGAGAAUGUAGCAAGCUGGAAGAAUAGAAGUCUCCAGGAAUCUUCCCCCAGCCCCACUAGUGUAGCACUGAGAGUCAGCAGAAGCCCAAAGCUGUUGUGGCUUGUCUACUGCUGAGGUGCGCACAUAAUUAAACGCUGCUGCUGUCGUCCAGCAGUGAUACAAGCUGAAACUUGAGUCUUACAGGGGCCACAUAUUCCCACAUGGCAGCAGACCAAGUAUAGUAGCCUGGAGUUAGGAGUCUUGAUUGUCUGGAAAGUGCUGGGUUUUACUGUGGUGGGCCUUUUACUGGUGUUCCCACAGCGCCACCCCAGCCCAAGACACUGCAGGAUUCUAGUCCAGGUUGAACCAAUUGUGCUAGUUCUGAGGUCAAGCAGCUCCCACCCUCUAGAGCUUGCUGUAGCAAUCAUGGGCUUAGAGACCACAGAUGGUCUCCCCAGAAUAUCUGCACAAAGUUAAAACUGAAGACAUUUCCUAAAGUCAGACUGCAAAGACUGAAAGUAGUGCCACCUACUUCAGUGUUCUGACACUGUUGCAUGACUGCAAGGAUCAAGAAGAACCAGAGAAAGGCCAGGGAUUUAGCUCAGUGGUUUUACCUCCUGCUGCGCAAGCACAAGGACCCGAGUUUGAUCCCCGGUACAAAAAAUUAAAAAAGAAGAACCAAAGAAACAUGAUGUUUCUACAGAGAAGUCCACAAAGAAUUGAAAUUAGCUGCUUUAGGAAAGCUCAGUGAACUUCAUGAAAAUAGAGAAAAAAUUAAAAAUGCAUCUGAUUGAAAAAGUACAAUGAACAAAAUGAAAAUUUUAAUAGUACCAACCGUAGAGUUGAUCAAGGACAAGAAAAUCUGUGACCACUAAGAUUACUUAGAAACAUAUAGAGGAAAACAAAAUGAGAAGGAAUGAAGAAAGCUUGUAGGAUUUAUGGGCUAAACAUCAAAAGAGCAAAUAUAUGCUUAAUGGCAUCUAAAGGAGCAGAGAAAGAGAAAAGGGUAAGAAAGCAUAUUUAAAAAAAAAAAGAACUUUCCAAACCUGAACACAUAAAUAUCCACAAAUUGGAAGGUCAAAGGUCUCCAGUGAUUCAACCCAAAUAAGACUACCUCCGUGACUUUUUUUUCUCUGUACCAGGAAUCGAAUUCAGGACCUUCCACUUGCCAAGCAGGCGAGGCACCACUGAGCUACAUCUGCUCUUGAUGACAUAUUAUAAUUAGAUCAAAGACCGUGUUAAAGAUCAAAGACAGAUAGUGUCCUAAAAGCAAAUCACACUGAAGGGAGUUCUCAUACGCCUGGCAGCUGGCUUCUCUGCAGAAACCUCACAGGCCAAGACAGAGUAGAUGAUAUUUUCAAUGAGCUGAGUGGAAAAAACUGCCAAGCAAGCAUAUACUGUACAAAGCAAAGCUAUUCUUCAGAAAUGAAGGUGAGAUAAUGACUUUCCUAGACAAACCUAAGGGAAUUCAUCACCACCAAAUUUGUCUUAGAAGAAAUACUAAAGAAAGUUCUUUAAGAAAAGGAUCCUAAUCGGUAACAUGGAAACAUGAUAAAACUUAUUAAAAGUAUAUGGUUGAAUUCAUAAUAUUCAAUACUGUAAUGAUGCAUAAAUUCUAUAUUUUAAUGUAAAGAUAUAAUGUCAAAACCAUAAAUGUGACAGUCUAUUGAGAUAUGUAAAACUAAAUUAGGACAUGAAAAUAUAAAGCGGAAAUGUAGACUAAAAGGGUAGAGUUAUUUUCUGUGAUCAAAGUUAAAGUUGUCCAAUGGGGAGAGCAGCUGCACCACACCACAUUCAUACCCAGACAGCUCCAUGCCCUGGAUUCUGCACCCUGGCCACAUCAAAUUGCCUACUCCUGACUGGCUCUGCAUUUUAGUUCCCCUCAGCACAGGGUCACAGAGGCACUCACUGACCAACUAGACCUGAGCAUGGAUGAGGCUAACACCCUGGGAGAGAAGGUAAGCCCCCAGUAGUUAGCAACUUCAGGGAGAAAUAAUGGACGGGUCAGCAGUGUUAGCUCCAAGAAAAGCCCAGGAGUGUUAUAAACUAAAAACUGGCAUUUUACUCCAGGAGUGACUCUUUCAUGGCAAGAUAGAGGUGGAGAAAUCCAGUGUACCACCUGCCAUAUUGCCAGGGAGAGUUUAAUCAGGUGCCAUUUUGAGAAUAGGUUGAUUGUAUAGGACUGCACCACACAGCACAACUACAGUACAGCUUCACUCCAGGAUUAUCAGUGUUACACUACCAAGGUGGCAGAGAUAGCCAUGAGAGACAGAUGUAGAAAGCCUGAGGCCUAGACAUAGAUCCCCUGAGAAUUUCAAGCUCAGGAUAGAAAAGACAUGGGACCCCAUGCUCCAUGGUGGAAGACCAGACCCAACAGCCAACAGUUGUGGCUUUCAGAGGUGGCUAGAUAUCAAGAUGAUGACACUGAGUCUAGUGGUUUGCUUGCACCCUGUCCCUGCUUCCUACAUUCAGCAAAGACUGGUGGUCUGAUUGCUUUCCCAUUUACCCUCAUAAGUGGGGAUGCACCUUGGCUUGUACGUUGCCAUAGCCUAGGUUACAUAUGAGUGGUCUCUAGAGCAGGCAGGGGACACCUCACAAACUCCAGAAGUUAUAAAGCCAGGCAGACAGGAAUGUGACUUGCUGGAUUCCAAGACUGCGAUCC